AUAACUUAAAAUACCGAAUAGUAAAGUGAGAUUACGUUUUAUAUUAAGUGAAGGGGAACAACUCUUAAAACCAUAUUACAGAUUAGAAAAGUUCAAAUAGCAUUGGAAUGGAAAGUAAGUUAUCAAACAAUUUCAGCCGAGAUGGGUAUCUAACUGGUCUAGAUGUACUGACAGAUGAAGAGGUUGCAUAUUUCUUGAAAUCUUUUCUUGCAUACGAAGAACGUUUGGGUGGAAAGGUGACUGGCGCCUACAGGUUCAAAUCCCACCUUCUGUUGCCAUGGAUGUACAAGCUUGUCACUCAUCCCAAAAUAUUGGAAAUUGUCAAACAAAUAUUUGGACCUGAUAUUCUUUGUUGGUCAACAGAUUUGUUCCCGAAAGAUCCCGGCACCGGAAAAGAAUGUGCCUGGCAUCAGGAUGCUACGUAUGUUGGAAUGGAUCCACCAGAUGCUCUUACAGUGUGGGUAGCUCUCACAGAAUCUAAUCUACAAAACGGCUGUGUUCAGUUUUCAAAAGAAAGUCAUUUAAAGGGUCAGAUGGAGCAUACGAAAACAUUCGCUGAUAAUUCCAUGUUGUUAUAUGGUCAAGAAAUUCCAGUAGACGUAGAUAAAUCCACUGUCGUUCAUGCAGUACUGAAACCUGGACAAGCUUCCGUUCAUCAUAUAAUGACCGUUCAUGCUUCAGGGCCUAAUAAAGGUGACGGAAGACGAAUUGGUAUUGCUGUCCGGUAUUGUGGUGCUUAUAUAAAACAGCAACAAGGUAUCGGAGAUUCAGCCAUGUUAGUGUGUGGCAAGGAUCACGGCAAUUUCCCUCUGGAGCCAACUCCAGUUGUGGAGUUCGGACCCGAUGAAGUUGAAGCUCACAAGAAAGCUGUAGGGGCUGUGGGUCCGGAGGAUCGGAUAAAGGCACAAUGACCGCUGUAUUUCCUGUUCUUAAUUGUGUGAUAUUUGAUGAAAAAGAAAUCGUGAUAAUAGAUAUGACAAACAGUA